CACUGGAGCUCCCUGUGCCACUCCUGGAAAAUAAUGACUUGGGUAAGGAACAGUUAAUAAGAAAAUGUGUCUCGCUAACCGUGCACAGUACAACAAAGAGCUGGCAGCCCCUGAAGGAAAAGGGCUUGUGCGGCUGCCGUUCAAACUUGUCAGUCAACUCGUGCCAGCAGCCUCAGCGUCUGCCUCCCCAGCACACCCUCAUUACAUGUGUCUGUCUGGCCUCAUCUGUGCAUCGGCUCAGAGCCGCUCCUGACAAUUCGGAAUUCUCUUCCUUUCUCCCUGGUGCAAAGAGCGGAUUUCUCUCUGUGUCUCUUCUGUCAUCUCCAGCUCCUCUCCCCCAAGGGCGCACCUUGAUUUAUGGUAGCUUGGGACUUCCUUCAGCGUCUGCCUGUCCUUGACUUCUAGAAUGGAAGAAGCCGAGCUGGUGAAGGGAAGACUCCAGGCCAUCACAGAUAAAAGGAAGAUUCAGGAGGAAAUCUCACAGAAGCGUCUGAAAAUAGAGGAAGAAAAAUUGAAACACCAACAUCUGAAGAAAAAAGCCUUGAGGGAGAAAUGGCUCCUGGAUGGAACUGGCAGCGGAAAAGAACACGAAGAGAUGAAGAAGCAAAAUCAACAGGACCAGCACCAGACCCAGGUUCUAGAACAAAGCAUCCUCAGGCUUGAGAAAGAGAUCCAAGAUCUUGAGAAGGCUGAACUGCAAAUCUCAGCCAAUGAAGAGGCAAUUCUAAAGAAGCUAAAGUCGAUCGAGAGGACCACAGAAGACAUAAUAAGAUCUGUGAAGGUGGAAAAGGAAGAAAUCCCAGAAGAGUCAAUUGAGGACAUCUAUGCUAAUAUCCCUGACCUUCCAAGUUCCUACAUACCUUCCCGAUUAAGAAAGGAAACAAACGAAGGACCAGAUGACGAACAAAACAGAAAAGCUUUGUAUGCCAUGGAAAUUAAAGUUGAAAAAGAUUUGAAGACUGGAGAGAGCGUAGUUCUGUCUUCAAUACCACUCCCAUCAGAUGAUUUUAAAAGUACAGGAAUAAAGGUGUAUGAGGACCGGCAGAAAUCAGUCUAUGCAGUCAGCUCCAAUCAGAACACAACCUACAACGGCACCGAUGGCCUCGCACCUGUCGAAGUGGAGGAUCUCCUAAGACAAGCCUCAGAGAGGAACUCUAAAUCACCCACAGAGUACCAUGAGCCUGUGUAUGCCAAUCCAUUUUGCCGGCCUAUGACCCCACAGAGAGAAAGAGUAAUAAGCCCUGGACCAAAUUUUCAAGAAAGGAUAAUGAUGAAAGCUAACGGACUGGGCAACCAUGCAAAUGAAUCUGCGCACAAUAUGACCGACGGGCUCUUGGAGAGGAGAAGCAAUGGUCCCACUCAUACCAGCCCCACUCGGCCAACACCUCAGCCCCGAUCAAUGGUUCCGCAAGCGGAAGAGAGGGUCCACACCCAACAAAAGAGAAUGCCAAGUCCUUGGGAAGAAUCCAGCAUCAGGCAGAACGAACAUGAAGUUUCUCCAAGGAUGGAACUGAGCCCCAGCAGAGCAAGCCCUGGGAAAUCAGGACCCCAGUGUUCUUCACCCCCUUGCCAGGAGGAGACAGAAGAUGUCAGAUAUAACAUCGUUCAUACUCUGCCUUCUAAUGUGGAUGACACAGAACCUGUAACGAUGAUUUUCAUGGGGUAUCAGCAGGCAGAUGAUAAUGAGGAAGAAAAGAAGCUUUUGACGGGCUACGACGGGGUCAUCCACGCUGAGCUAGUCGUGAUUGAUGACGAGGCGGAGGAUGAUGAAGGACAAGCUGAGAAGCCAUCCUACCAUCCCGUAGCUCCCUGUAGUCAGGUUUACCAGCCAGCUAAACCAACCCCACUUCCUAGAAAGAGAUCAGAAGUUAGUCCUCAUGAAAACACAAACCAUAAAUCUCCCCACAAAAAUUCCAUAUCUCUGAAAGAGCAAGAGGAACGCUUAGGCAGCCCUGCCCGGCGCUCUCCCCUGGGUGUUCCAGUAGCUGGAGAUGGGACUGAGGAUCCUUCUUUAACAGCUUUAAGGAUAAGAAUGGCCAAGCUGGGGAAAAAGGUGAUCUGAGAGCCAAGGUGCCCACCUGAAUAACCUCUGAAGGAGAAGCCAAGAAAUGCCUGAAAACUUCUCUUCUCGAUACUUUUAUUUCUUGUUCCUAAAGUCCAAAACUAUGUAAUUAUACCCAUAGUAAGUCACAUAAAUAAAUAGUAGCCAUUAUUUGUUGGGGGGGGGGGAAUCCAACAACAAUCUAACUUUUCCAGUUACUUGACAUGACUCAGUGGGGUCAGGGGAACCGGUAUAUUUUUAUUGUAUUGAUACCAAAGCAUUUCUAAUGAGAGCUUGUUAAAUUUAAGAAUAAAGUUAUUUAAAAUACCUUGACUAUCUUAA